UGAGCUUUGUAGGUAACGAUAAUGGUGCUGAAGGUGGACCUUCAGUGCUUCAAAUGCUACAAGAAGGUCAAGAAAGUGCUCUGUAAAUUCCCUCAAAUACGAGACCAGAUAUAUGAUGAAAAGGCCAACACGGUGACCAUCACUGUCAUAUGUUGUAGUCCGGAGAAGAUCAGGGACAAGAUAUGCUACAAAGGUGGCGGAUCCAUCAAGAGCAUUAAGAUCAAGUCGUCGGCGAAGCCCAAGGACCCGGAGAAGCCUAAAGAGGCGGAGAAGAAGUCCGAUAAGCCGAAAGAGGCCGGGAAGAAACCCGAAAAGCCGAAAGAAGCUGAGAAGCCUAAAGAGUCGGGGGAGAAGGCCGAUAAACCAAAAGAAGCUGAGAAGCCUAAAGAGGGUGGGGAGAAAAAGGCUGAGAAACCAAAAGAAGCGGAGAAACACAAAGAGUCGGCGCCCGCGCCGGCGGUGAAGGCUAUGGAAGCGGCUCCUUUACCGCCAGUGGCGUAUGCGGUCGGGUAUUCAUAUAUGGAUGGCUAUGGUGGUGCUGGGCCUAGUUAUUAUGGUGGACCUAGCUAUUAUGGUGGACCUAGCUACUACGGUGGACCACCUCAACAACCGUUUCAAAAUUACGAGACUAUUGGUAGGCCGGUCUAUGAUAGCUGUGACAGCGCCGGAUACUACAACAGUUACUGUUAUGGCGGCGGACGUGGCGGUGAAAGUUUUAGUGAUGAAAACCCACAAGGGUGCUCGAUCAUGUAAGGAAGAACGUGCUGGUGAGCUGCAUAUAGUUUGAACUUGAAGAUACUAAUAAUCUCUUAUGUUACUUGUUCAAAAUGAAGUCAUUUGUGGAUUUUAUUUAUUUUUAUAUUUCUU